AUGGCUGGCUACCACUCUUGGAACCAGACCAGGCUUUGGGAUGGGGUGGGCCCCUGGGGAGAGGGGCGGGGCGUGUGCCUGAAGACAGUGAGCAGGUUCACCCGCCGGCACACCUGGGGCAGGACAGGAGGUGGCAGUGGCUUCCCAUGGGCCCAGGUGACAGCACACGACAUGGUGUCCUGCCAUGGCUGGGAUGCUAGGUUGACCCCACCUUACUGGACACCCUCCCCCAGGGCACGAUCCUCCUCCCCCCCUCACACGGUGAUCUGCCGGGUCUGUCACCGUCCCAGGACAGCGGUCACUCACCGGGCGUCCCUGCCCUCAACAGAGACAGGCCCCAGGGUGUUGAGGACCUGGGAUGGGCACCCAGGGCAGGUGCUCUGUGAGUGGAUACGGGAAGCCUUCUGCGUCACCUUCUCCUGCUACGCAGCUGUCUCCUGCCUCUCGGUCUCCAUCACCUACCCCAGCACCAUCCAGCUCUCGGCUCACGGCCCCUGCCAGGCCCAAGUCAUCUCCACAACUGUACUCUCCUUCACGGCUUCCGUGGUUUAUGCCACUGAAGUGGCCUGUACUGGGACUGGCACUGGCACUUGGGUGCAUGGUGUCUCUGCAUUAUCUUUAAGCAGACCUCCCCAAGGGCAGAAAUACCUACUCACCCAGAAAGGCCUGGACUCUGUGACCAUCAUAGGCUACUUCCUCCACCUCCUGCAGCUGCUCUCCACCUGUGUGGCCUUCUCCCUGGUGGUCAGUGCCAGCGCUUGGAUUGAGGACUUAAAUAACUCAUCCGUGUUCAUCUGGUGCUUCUGCUUCACAGUGACCCUCAUCACCCUCAUAGUUGAGUUAUUGGAGUUGGACUCUGCUUUCUACUCCUGGGACAGCUUUCUCAUCAUUUAUGCCAGCUACUUCACCCUCUUCUGCCUCUCAACGUCCAUUGCCUAUUCCAUCAUCUACCUUCAGUUCAUCCCUGAUGGCUCCCCCAGGAACUACGCCAUUGCCACCACUGCAUUUUCCUGCAUCGCUUCUGUGGCUUAUGCCAUAGAAGUGGUCUGGACCUGUGUCCACACUGAGGCCGCCUCCUGCUCCUUUCCAGGCCUGCUCAAAAGGCUGGAGAAUUUUGUGGCUUGUGUCAUCUUCACCUUCAUCAGCAACCCCUCCCUGUACCAGCACCAUCUUGCCUUGAGGUGGUGUGUGGCCGUGUACUCCAUCUGCUCCAUCCUGGUGUCCGUGGCCAUCCUGGGACACAAGUGUGAAUGUGACAUAAGGCCACUCUUCACCUGUUUUGUGUGGCAGACCUUGCCCUCCACCCUCCUCUACUUCACUGCUGUGGUCCUCUGGCCUCUCUGUCAGUUCAACGAGGAGUUUGGAGGUCAGCCCCAGUGGUCCAGCAAUGCCACCUGCAGCAGUGGGAUCUUCAUGUGUGUCUGGGACCAACGACUGGCUGUGGCCAUCCUGACAGCCAUCAACCUGCUGAUUUACGUGGUUGACCUCGUGUACUCCAUCGACCUGUUUUGUGUUAGUUAA